UACCAUAGUGAUGGAGCGAUAGGUGGAGUCGAAGUGGCGAGACAGUACGAGCGCAGUAGUGAAUCUUUCUCCAUUGAGUCACGGAGUGCGGUCUCUGGCAUGGGUCCUACACGUCUGUCGGUACGGUGUCAUGUGUGGAAUCUGUGCCAAUAGCUCGGGCUUUCGAUAUAUAUCUGGCAUGAUGCUAUUCGUGUGAUGGUAUUGGUUGAUGGCGCUCUUGACCACGGACGACGAUAGCGCAGUUGGAGUUCAAGAUACGCAAUUUAGGUGACCGGCUAGUCCUCUGAUCAGACUCGUCUCGUCUCGUCUGCACCUCGUCAACCAUCUGAGAAGAAACGAGCCUUCCACCUGGCAUAAGAAUCCCGACGCGAUUCCACGAGAAGGAUAUUUGCAUAGAGGCUUGACAGUGUUGAGAGGACGAUUUAACAUUCCUCGUGUUGGAUCGGAAUUUGGGUGCAGUGUACAUAUAGUACCUGUUGCUGCAGACGGUUGCGCAAGCCGCAAAUCUGGGCUGAGAUUCUGUUGGACACAUGACAAUCGUGAGUAAACAAUUGCGCCGGUGAAAAUGAACCGGCCAGAACAUAGUUCAAUAUUGUUUCGCAGUCUUGAACCGCUCGGAGAGACCUUGCGAUGGAGUUACUGAAGAGUCGUUCUUCAGUGGUUUAUUCAGUGCUGUCAGUGGUGACGUUGAUUCUCGUCUCGUUCCUGAUUCUAGACUGCACCCGACUCCUUGAGAAUUAUCCCUGGUCCUCAGAAAAGGAUCUUGCCAUUCGAGCUGAUUGGGCUGCAAGCUGGAGAUUCAGCAGCUUCGAUGAUUCUGGAGAGAGCUUGUACACUUGGUCGAACUUUUCAACGCUCUGGUGGAAUGAUCAGUCUCUUCACUCCUUAGAUCCGAAUUGGCGAGGUCGACAUGCUAUGCACGAUGAGUUGAGAUCCGGAAGCAUCUGGUACGAUGAAGACGUGAGGGAUUAUUUCAUGUCGACGGUGGAUGCGAGACAGUUCCCAUCCAACUGCACGAAAAACACUUGGAUUGUACAUCGGGAGCAUGACUCAGGUCUCUUGUCCUGCACACACGUCUUCUUUCCAAUUUUUUCUCAUGGACUCGGAAAAGGCGAUGGAUACACGAUGAUUCCGGUAGGGCAGGCAGAGGGGCACUACCCGAAAGAGCUGCCGACUUUCGAUGGCUGCGGGAAGAGGAAGAACAGAAACCUUCGAUGCUUCUAUAACAUCACGAGCUGCCAUGUUGAAGAUGACCCGGUCCGGCUGAAGAUGCUGGCCGAGGUUGACAAGUCGAGUGACGACUUAACAGGGUUACCGUGGAUUCAGGUCUUCAACGAUUCAGCGCUCAGAAACGGCAUGGCUGUGUUCAGAAGUUUCGAGUACGAUUGGGGUGUGCGAGACGAAUUUCACAGAGCUGCGACAGAGCACAGGUUACAGCAGUGGAACGAGCUUCGUCAACAAGGAACGGUGCGAGUGGUCGGCAAGGCGGACGAGGCCAUCGAGCACGUCAGUGUCCCACAAAUCGAUUUUGUGAUUCACUCCAUGACUAGUGCGUGGAUGAUCAAGCAGACUUCGCGAAAUGUCAAGAGGAUCGCAGACUCGAUCAUGGCUAAAUAUGCAAACGCCGAUGGCAUACCGCUCUGGGCUCCACCCGUCCUGGCCAUCCAUGUUCGGCAGACCGACAAGCAAUAUGAGGACCCCUACUUCAGAAAAACAGGCAACUACAGAAGCGUUGGAGAUUAUGCCGUCCAAAUACAGAAGCUGGAAAAGAAAUACAACUUCAAGUGGCAGUCGCUAUUCAUCAUUUCCGAUUCGGGCACCGCAAUGGAAUCCCUGGCGAUGGACAUGAACGACAUACAAAACGGUACUGCCCCAGAUUCGGCAAAUGGGCGAGAAGGGAAACGCUUCAUCAUGUACGACUGGAGUUUUGACAUGGAGCUGAUCGAAAGGAUGGGUGGGCACACUCAUAUCCCGCCGAAGAUGAAGUAUUCUGCGCAGGAACACUUUUUGGCGACUUUGUACAUUAUCGGCAAGAUAGCAGAUUACGCGAUUGUUCAGUAUAGCUCAAACGUAGGAAGAUUCAUUAGUGAGCUCAUAGGCGUACGACAUAGACUCUCGUCCGCAGACAAGUUAGGUCCCAAUGCAUUUUCCAUCGACAGCGAUUGGUACCAUGAUUGAUACAUCCAUCCAUGCCACACAACUUUUUUGUUCCUCGCUCCAACAACUGUCUAUAUGAUAACCAAGUAAUAAAGCCAAAGGGAUGAAAAGACCCCAUCACCCCAUCGUCCACGAAUGAAACCAAAGGUGUCAGAUGGUGCUAGGCCCCCAAUAGUAUCACACUGUGUACAGAAUUAGGCCCACGAUUGUUGUUCGAACUGUAUACACGACUCCUACUUCUUCCUCAUCUUCUCUGUCCCCGUGCUUUCUUGAAGACUUACAAUGCACAGGCAGGCAGGCAGGCAGGCAGGAUGUGUCGGUGAUCUGUAUUAAAUCCAUCGAUAUGUCAUUGCAGACCUGAAGCUACCGUGGCUAAGAAAUUCCGGC